ACUGGGACCAGCAGGCUGAUCCCUCAUCCAGGAGCGGCGAUUUCACAACCACGUCUGGAGUUUUCCGCCACAGCGGCGCAUAUCUUGAAGGUGACGGACCCCGCUGGAGCGAGUCCGGGCGAGUUCUGCGGAUACUGUGAUGAAAUAAAAUGCGAAAAAUUAUCUUUCGUUGACUGUUGCUGCGAGGAGCACGCGUCACUGGCAACGCUUAAAUACUUUGACAACUUGUGGAUUACUCCAUUCUCGGGAACUCGGCUCGCAGCUCGACAGAUGCCGACGGGAGCGCGCCCCACUUUCUGAUAACAAGUUUACUCCAAACUCCAGGGAAGCCCAGAGUCGUCAUGUUGGAUAAAUAUGUCCCGCAAAGUGCCGGCGUGCCCGUCCCCAGCCCGGACCUGCAGCUGAAACUGGCGGACAACAAGAGCAACCUGGCUACCAUAGGGAUGGAGAGCUGCACUGGGAAGAAACUCAUUGAAAUAUCUGGACCAGCCCUGUCCAAACGCAAGCUUCUGGUCGGCUUAGACAUCUUGUGCCUCUUUCUUGCUUCCAUCCCGUUCUUUGCAUGUGAGCUGAAGGCAGUGAGUCCUUACAAGAGGGGCUUUAUCUGCGGGGACCCCAGCAUCACCUACCCCUACCUGCACACAGAGGCCAUACCAGACGAGUUACUCAUCGCUGGAGGCAUCAUCAUCACUGGCCUCACAAUCGCCCUUGGAGAGUGUUACCGGGUGCGUUUUCGAGGCGUCAGCUCCAAGGCCUUCGUCAAGAAUCUCUAUAUCUCCUGUCUGUACAAGGAGCUUGGCUGCUUCCUGUUUGGCUGCUGUGUUGGACAGUCGUUGACCAACAUGGCCAAGCUGAGCGUGGGCCGGCUGCGGCCGCACUUCCUGUCUGUGUGCGGUGUCACCUAUGCGUCCCUCAACUGCACGCCUGGAACCUACAUCCCAGCAGUGUCCUGCCGCCAGCCUGACCACCGAUUAGAGGAGGAAGCUAGGAAGUCCUUCUUCUCGGGCCACGCCUCCUUUGCAAUGUACACCAUGCUCUACCUAGCAUUUUACCUGCAGGCGCGGUUGACGUGGCGCGGGGCUCGGUUGCUGAGGCCUGUGCUGCAGUCCUUCCUGGUUCUGCUGGCGGUGUACACAGGCUUGACCCGCAUUUCCGACUACAGACACCACCCGUCUGAUGUGCUCACUGGCUACAUACAGGGAGCCCUCACUGCUUACUGGGUGGCCUUCCACAUCUCGUCCAUGUUCAAAUCCUCCCGUCCGACUCUCUGUCCGAGCCCAGCCCUGGAUAGCCCCUUGUCACCCCACCAUACCAUCUGCUAGACCAACUCCUGUACAUACCACCGUGUGCAUGUGACCCUACCACCUGUCUGUAGUCUGGAUCGGUUAGUCAGGGAUUUGAAGAAUGUCAGACCAUUUCCUGUGAGGUCAGAUCACAUACCUCAUGUUUCAGGCAGCCAGACAGAGAGAGCAAGAGAAAGAGAGGGAGAGGGAGAGGGAGAGAGAUGGAGAGAGAGAGAAAGAGAGAGCUCUUUCAAUGAUCUUCAAGAGAAAAGGGCAGAGUAGAGGUAUAUUGAAUGAUUCACAUGUGUCUCAGAAGGGAAUACACAAGGCGUUGGAGAAGAGAAAGAGAGAGGCUGCUGCUGCAAACUGCACAAGCUGCUCGUCUGGUGGGUUGUGGAAGCGGCUUGUGCAGCCGACCCUUUGACCUUGAGAUUGACCUUAGCUUCACAAGCAUCACUCGCCUGUGAGAGAAAAUGAUUGUAUCCUAAACACAGUCCGACCACUAGCAUUCUAUAUAACUGUAAAUACAUUCAGAUUUUGUACAAGUCGUGUUAUACAGUAAAAGCACUUUUUAAUUAGUAUUGUAUUACUGCAUUGUAAUAAUAUGGUAUUUAGAAUGUAAUAUAUUUUAUACAAAAAAAAUGUAAUAUACAUAAAUAUCGUGUUUGUAUCUUGACGUUUGUAUGCAAACUCAGUGAAUGUAAUGGUGCUGAAGGAAAACAAUAGCGAUAAAGCAACUCAUCCUGUUAAUGUGGUAUACCGUUAGAUGUGGAUUACAUAGGUCUGUUUGAAUGUCUCCUUCCAUGUGUGUAAGUAGCCUGGUGCAGUACCUCAUAUAGUGUAUACUGAUGACAGGAUUAGCAGCUGUUUAGAUCACAAAAAUAAUACGUUUGAAGAGUAUUUUCUACUGUUUCUCAGAUUUUUCUACAAAGUAUAUUGCUAACAUAACCUUUCACUCCAAGAGCACACAAACCAUUAAAUAUGAUGUUUUUGUUUUCUAUUUUGUUUAAUAAGGUUUUUUUUAUUAUUAUUUUAAAUUCAGUUAGUCAUUCUAAAACACUAACACUGAACUUUGUUUAUUUUGGGUAAAAAAUGUUAGCUGUUGAUUAUUGCACUGUUGAAGAAACACAGAUGAUUACGUCCUCCAAAAAGCAACUGUUUGUAAGCAAAUGGCAAAAUGUAGCCAUCAACUGUCUAACUGUAUUUAAUAAUGAGUGUUUCCUCUGUGACAGCAAUCAUUUUUAUGGCAAGUGUCAUUACUGAAGGUGAA